AUGGCUCUCGCUGCUCCGACCCACGCACUCUCUCUCUCGUUGGGACCCUCUAAGGUCGGCACUCGAUCAAGAUCUCUAUCCUUCCCAGUCACUCGUUUCAGGGCUUCAUCUUCAUCGCCAUCGUCGUCGUCGUCCUCCUCCUCCUCUUCGGACGUUCCGGUGCCCGACUUCCUCUCGUCUGAUUGGUACUAGCCUUCUCCGUGCCUAAGGAAAUUGGACCCUCGUCCUGCGUCAGUCCCUAGUUAGGAACACGAGUACUGAGUUCAUUUAUUACGUGACUUCCCAUGGAGAAUUUGUCUAGGCUCCCCGUGUUUUGGUACAGAUGUCCGAUUGCCGACGCAUGCCUGUGUUCUUUAGUUCAGAAUGGCAACUCUGAAAUGGCAUCUCCAGCGGUGCUCCAUGGUUAACCACACCAAAAGUCUCUAUUAUAGACUAUUAAUUUAUGCAUGAGUUUCUAAAUUAUCGUCUCACUGUUCGGGAAAACCUGUUUUGGUGUGAUAUUUGAAAAUUUUGUCUUACUCCUUUUCUGAAAUUAUAUAGAUAUUCGAUUUAUUAAAUUCCUAGAUAUUUUAGAAAUUUUAAAAAGAUUUUAUGCGGAAUCCCUGUUCUCGUGUCUUUUUUUUAUCAUUCAUAAAUGGCUCCCUUGGUUGUGCCUCUGUUUGUUUUGACGUGCUUCGAUUAUUCUGACUUCGUUAAUCCAUGAGCUUUAUCUGUUUACUUCGUGCAUUUGAGUUAGUAUAGGCCUAAUUUAUUCCAGUAGUCGAUAACAUUCAUUCAAGGGCCGUGCAUCAUGCAAACCCUGGUGUAAGCCACUUCUCAUCUGAACAAGCCGAUCGUUGAGAUUAUAAGGAAACAUAUAUUCCUUCACUUUCUGCGUUAUUAUUCUUGGUUGUUCUCAUCUUACUUUCUGACGGAUGCACCUUUGCGAAGAAGAUCAUCAUCCCCCAGGUCUCACUUCUGUAAAUUUCUGAAACUAGAUAUAGAAAAGGACAGAAAAGUCCUUAAAAAUAACAAUAAUGAAGAAUCUUGUAAUCUUGUGCAAAUUGAUCACAUAUGAAUUCCAUCCUUUAAUUCCUUGCAUUGAUAUUCUGUAAACCCUAGCAAUGCUUUUAAUGACAAUAUGCUGAUCAUCUAUUCCUUCUAUUUUUGCUCCUCUCUGAUUAAUUGUUCUAACUUGGUUAUCUAACUUCUCAUUAACUCCACUUCUUUUCUAUAUGCAGGCUUGAAUCCCGAAAGAAGAGACCUUUUGGCCCCCGGCUCAAUGUAGAAAUCUCAGUAAAAACAUUUUUCUUUGUUUUAAAAUCGGUUUGAACUGGAGAAUUCAUGUAAGUAGGAUUCCAUACUCUAGUUUAGUGCAGAAGAAGCAGUCCAAUGGCAGCUCGAUGCAUUGAAGCACAACGAUCAACCUCGUCACGAUUAUGGUAUAGAAGUUAUGUACAGGGUAAUAAUAAUGACUUGCCUCUUCUAUUUUAUUUUCUCUGGUUAUUAUUAAAUAUGUGUCUAAAUCAGUUCGUGGGUCAUUUUGUCUCAGUUUGCUGGAUUCGAUCCCUUCGAAAGAUCCACCUAUUUUGGGCCAUUCUUUGAUUUAGGGCAGGUCAGUGAGUUCUCCAUCUCUCAAUCUCUGGCUGUGCAGCUUGUGACUCUGCUCUGCAACGCAAGUAAUCUGAGAUGUUCCGAUCUGAACUAUGUUCAUGCAGUUUGAGCGGUUCAGGCGGAUAUUCCAUCAUUCCAAGUACCGGGUUUUGCUCUGCCACAAGGAGAGAAUGAUUCUGAGUAGCUUUUGGGUGGACGAGGUAGGGCAGCUUUUAUUUUUGGGAUUAGGAAUAUCCUUCUAAAAUCAAUUUAAUGUCCCCUGUUUAAUUAUUUUUCAUCAAUUCUAGGAAGAACCGAUGCAAUUAAUUUUUUAAAAAAUAUAGAAUGAAUCUUUAAUAUCCCCUGUUUUUACCGUCGACCGUCAGUUCUUAGAUGAGCAACUGCAAUCUGGCAGACCAAGUCUUCUUCUGACUUUCUGGCCCUCGUUCACCUGUUCUUGACAGAGUCGAUUCAAGCAGAGGGUGUGGAUACAGGGAUCACGCCCAGAGGAGGAAGAAAAAUUUGAAUUCACUAUGGUCCAGGUUUAUAUAUUUCUUCUCUCUUACGUUGGAUAUAUGCUCUACCCGCUGGCUUUCAUUGACUUUUUUUUUUUUUUUUCAACGCAUCACAGAGGAUAGGCGGCUCUUGGGAUGGCUACUGGCUGACGGAGAGCUUGCUCCAUGAUGGCGAUGGGUUUUCUAGUAGAAUUGCUUAUUGA